AUGGGCGCCAGCUUCAGCUUCAGCACUCCCUACAUCACGGCGACAUACGGUAACAAUGCCUAUCCUUCCAGUAUCCCUGCUGCCAAUCGAACCGCUACAAUAGUCCUUGAUGAAGGACUCAUGGGAAUGAGCCCCAUGGUUGUCUACUGGCAAGAGACCGAUCUCUCGCUAUUCGAUCCCGAAUAUGCGACGAAACUAGCCUCGAAACUUGGCCUAGACUUCACACCGACGGGCACAGCAGCUGUCACCGCCGAAACUGCGUCGCCGCCAGACCGGAGUCAACCCCCAUCGGCCACUUCUUCAGCGCAACUAGGUUCGGAUGCAGGCGAAGGGUCAUCGCAAUCAGAUCUCAGUAUCGGUGCAAAAGCAGGGAUAGGCGUCGGCGUCGCCAUCGCAGUGAUACUAGCGGUUGUUGUCGGACUCGUACUGUACAGGAGACGAGUGCGAAAGCAGAGGGCACUCGAUCAAACGUUGGCUAGACAAAACGAACAACCUGAACUCGUGCAGACACGCGCUGCAUAG